AUGUUUGGAAGAACAUUGUCCCGUUGUGUUGCCACCGUGCUUGUUUCCAUGGCAACGGCUCAAAGUCAACAAGGGAUGUCCCCGUGUCAAAAUAACUUUGUUCAAAACCUCAACACCUGUGUUCAAAAUAGUCAGAUGGACUUUAAUAACUUUUUAUACUUGUUGACAAACGGGACAAACGGACAAGCACCCGACAGUCCCAACACGUUCAGACAAGAUGCUUGUAGCAAGCAGGAGGCGUUGCUUCAGUGCGGUGUGGAAUUCAUGAGGACAUUGAUCAACUCUACGAUGUGUGCCCCGAGCCAAACACAACAGGAUCAGAGACCCCUCAUCGACAGACAGUUCCGUUCCCUCUUCGGAUCUCUGGACGCGAUGUGCGCACACCCAUGUCGCCGAACUCUCACGGAGGAUCUACGUCAGUGUUAUGUUGACGCCAACCUUGACCCCACCCUCUUCCUCUCCAACUCCACCAUGGGCCGCGGCGCCAUCAUCGGGACCACAGCGGAUCAGGCCGACACCUUCUGUAAGAACAAAGACUAUCUCGUGACAUGCAUGAAACAGAACAGAGACGACUGUCCUGAAUCUCCCAUGAUUCUCCGCGCCAUCGGCCUUGACAUUGAAUCUAUGGACAAAGGUGUUGGAGUACUGUGCGCUCACCCUGACGUGUACCUCAACGGAAUCGACUGUUUCGCGGAACCCACAGACGCUGUUGUGUCGUGUCAGCAGACAAUGAACCAGAAGACCAUUGAGUUGAUGAUGUCGGCAGAACAACAGAACCUCCAGGAGGACCAGUUCUUCAACAGAUUCUGUGACGUCCGUCUGGAGCACGUCAGCUGUGAUCUGGAAGCCUGGAGCAAAAAGAACCACAAGUCUUGUUCGGAUGCCGUCAUUGGUUUGAGGACGGAGUUGGAGUGUGGUCUUCUUCCAGACAACUGUGGUACAACUCACAAACAGACCAUUGACAAGGUCUGUAACCAUGAAAACUUUAAGAAGGACAUAAGACCUUUUAAUAGCGCUCCCACAGUUUCAGCAACAGUGAGAACAAUGUCAAGUUUGACACUACUCUUUCUGUUCCAUUUUCUGUGACUCAAAGCUUCACCCAAAUGUAGAUAUUCAAUGUACAUUUGCAUUAUAUUUGUUUAUCUUACGCAUUUAGCUGUUUUUAGCGUCAUUUUGUUGUACA